UCUUCAGUGUGUUGCUGUUAUCCGCUGCCUCCCUCCUCCUCCCCCUCCCCCUUUUUUCUCAGUCUUCCUCACCCACCCCUUUUUCUCUCCGUCUCCGUCAUCCCUACACCUCCAGUCUGCUUCUGUUGUCUCGGCGGAUUGUUGGGCUGUCGGAGAGAGAAGGGAUAUCGCGAGUAUUGGAGUUUUGGUGAGAGUUUGUGGAAGAUGGCGCCUGUUGUGACAGGGAAGUUUGGGGAGCGCCCUCAGCCACAGCGCCUAACAAGAGAAGCAAUGAGGAAUUACCUAAAGGAGCGAGGCGACCAAACCGUCAUGAUCCUGCACGCAAAGGUUGCACAGAAAUCCUACGGCAAUGAGAAAAGGUUCUUCUGCCCUCCUCCCUGCGUCUACCUGAUGGGCAGCGGCUGGAAGAAAAAGAAGGAGCAGAUGGAGAGAGACGGCUGCAAUGAGCACGAGUCGCAGCCGUGUGCCUUCAUCGGCAUCGGCAACAGCGACCAAGAAAUGCAACAGCUCAACCUAGAGGGAAAGAAUUAUUGCACAGCCAAAACCUUGUACAUAUCCGACUCCGACAAGAGAAAGCACUUCAUGUUGUCCGUCAAGAUGUUCUACGGCAACAGCGCAGACAUUGGCGUCUUCCUCAGCAAGAGGAUCAAAGUCAUCUCCAAGCCCUCCAAAAAGAAGCAGUCCCUCAAAAACGCUGACCUGUGCAUCGCAUCAGGGACCAAGGUGGCGCUGUUCAACCGACUGCGCUCCCAAACGGUCAGCACGCGCUACCUGCACGUGGAGGGGGGCAACUUCCACGCCAGUUCCCAGCAGUGGGGGGCUUUUUACAUCCACCUGUUGGAUGACGAGGAGUCAGAAGGAGAGGAGUUCACUGUGAGAGACGGUUACAUCCACUACGGCCAGACGGUCAAGCUGGUGUGCUCGGUCACCGGCAUGGCGCUGCCCAGACUGAUCAUUCGAAAAGUCGACAAGCAGACGGCCCUGCUGGACGCCGACGACCCGGUUUCCCAGCUGCACAAGUGUGCCUUCUACCUGAAGGACACGGAGCGCAUGUACCUGUGCCUUUCUCAAGAAAGGAUCAUUCAGUUUCAAGCCACUCCAUGCCCAAAGGAACCAAACAAGGAGAUGAUCAACGACGGCGCCUCCUGGACAAUCAUCAGCACGGACAAGGCAGAGUACACUUUCUACGAGGGCAUGGGCCCCGUCCACUCACCCGUCACCCCUGUGCCUGUGGUAGAGAGCUUACAGCUCAACGGCGGUGGGGACGUUGCCAUGCUGGAGCUGACGGGGCAGAACUUCACGCCAAAUCUGCGGGUUUGGUUCGGAGAUGUCGAGGCUGAAACCAUGUACAGGUGUGCGGAGAGCAUGCUGUGCGUGGUGCCCGACAUCUCGGCCUUCCGCGAGGGCUGGCGCUGGGUGCGGCAGCCCGUCCAGGUCCCCGUCACGCUGGUGAGGAACGACGGCAUCAUCUACUCCACCACGCUGACCUUCACCUACACGCCCGAGCCCGGCCCGAGGCCGCACUGCAGCGCCGCCGGCGCCAUCCUGCGGGCCGGCAACGCCAGCCUGCACAGCAACAGCGGCCAGGAGGCCGCCGCCCCCAGCGUCUACGGCCCCAGCAGCACCACCGGCGCCGGGGUCACGUCCUCGUCCUCCGCCGCCGCCGUGGUGUCCUAACGCACACACACAGUAUGCCUUGAGAGCGAAACACACCUUGGGGUAUAUACAUGACAGACUAUAGGAAUCAAACCCAAACUCUUGACUCGUCGUAGAGUGCUGCGUGUUUUAGCUUGGGAUACAAACGAAAGGAGCAAAACUGAAGGAGCGACAUCACCGACGGUGUCGGCCAAUGGGAAUAAGCAGAAGAGCUCCGUGUGACGACCCCGCGGUUAACUUUAGGGACCUGCCUAUUUAAUCCCGGUGCUUGGAACGAGUGACGUUCCUGCAGGCUCAGAGCACCAGCACCUUCCUUCAGCUGUGAGAAACGACGACGACAACAAUACAUCCACCCUGAACGCAACGCCGACGGCAACCUGAACGGAUCGGCCCGUCGUCGGCCCGCCUGGAUUCACGCUGAUCAGCUCCCAUGAGCCUCGGCUGGGCGUAUUGUUGUUGUUGCAGGACGCCGAGGGACACACAAAAAACGUGACGAUAACAUAGUUUUUAUGGACCAAGGAUCUUGUAUAAGCUUUAGUAAAGGUACAUUUUUCUCCAUACCUUUUUUUGUAUUAAACAUAUAGUACACUUUUGUUACCAAAUAGUUUCUAUUCCUUCUCUGAGCUUUUGGGCUUUGUUUCGCCUCCCCCUCUGCCUCCUGUUUGAGGUCCAAACUCCCGAACCUUUUAUGUUAAUGUGACCUUACAACAAACGCCUGCUUCUCAGUCUUUGGAUUGUUUUUUUUUGUUUUUUUCUUUUGAUACGUCUUCUUUUGGGUGGGAGGGGGGAGAAAAACAAAAAACAAAAUCUGAAGUCUGGGUUUGUUUAUUCUCAUAAGCGAAGGUUGGUUUUUAUUAUGCUUGUUUUUAUUGGGGGGCGGGGGGGAGGACGACCUCAGAGGGGCCUAUAUUUUUUAUCCUUUUUGGUUUUUAUGAAGUCUUUAAAAAGAAAAAGCUUUAAGCAACGCCUUUUGCCUUGCCUGCAAUACUCUGCGUGCUCGCCGCGUCUCCUGGAACGCAAACGCUUCAGUACAUCUCACAUGGAGCCAUAGCAACAUCUGCAGAAUAUGUGGAGAAAAAAAAAAGGAAGAAAAAAAAAAAAAAAGACUUUCUUGGUUACAAAAACAAGUCAAACUCAAUGUAAUAAGCGUUAGUAAGCCUUAGUACUGUAUAUUCUUACUGUGCACACAGACCAGUCACAUAUCUAAUAUCUGUUGCUCACUGCACCCGGCGAGGCGUCUUCCAGCACGUGCUCUGCUUAUAUCCGGUAGUUUUCCAAAAAGAAGGAAAAGAAGAAAGAAAAAAAACACACAAAAACGAUGGACACUUUUUCAAUUUGAUGUGGCCUUACUGCAAAACGACAGGAAAAAGAAAAGAGUUCACCUUUUUCUUAUAUGCUGUUUACUCACCUUGGAAGAAGCUGUGCGUAGCACAAACUAAUGCCUCGCUGCUUAGCACAGGAGCUCUGCUGUCUCUGAGCUCAUCGCUGCGGCUUCACCCUCCCUGCAAAAGCAGCCUCCUUCUCCUGAAGCCUUCCUGUUUUGAUUUCUUUUAUUUUUUUAUUUUUUUUGUAGUGUACAAAUACAAAGAUCCCUGCUCUUCUGUUUUUGUUUCAAUAUUGUUCUUCUGCUGCCACGGUUGGGACAAUCUCUCCCAAGUAGGCAUGGACCGGUGCGAUGAGCUUGAGGGGAAAAAAAAAACUGUCACAAUAUUUGCAAAAAGAUUUCAAAUUUACUCCCAUUUAAAACGGGAAAAACGCCAGCUGGAAUAAUUCACUGUAGCUGCUUCUACGCCUGAACGAAAGCCGUUCUAUUUAAGAAUUCAAACGUCGCCACGUCUUGUUUUACUUCUUAAGGUACUGAUCCACAAGGGCAAAAUGCCAGAUUUUCCCACCACAUAUUGAAUUCUCAACUCUUCCUAACUCUGCUGGUUAAAAGUGAACAACAUAAAAUUCUAAUUUGUGUGUUUUUCUGGUUUGAAAAUGCAACUUUCCCCCCCUUAUUUACACCAUUUGCUCUAUAUUAAUGCUCAAAAUUAGUUUUGAAAUUUGACAUAGAUGUGACCAGUAGUUAAUUUUUACAGGUAAGCACCAAAAUGUUUCAUACAUGUUUAAGGUUUAACAUACUUUAUCUGGUUUGAAAUGAGAUCUGCUAACAGAUAAUGAGACAAUGUUCAGAGCUUAAGUAAAAAAAAAAAAGAAAAAAAAAAGUCUACUUAAGGUAUUUCUUUACCUUUUCUAAAGCAGAUUUUACAACAACCUAGCCCUUAUAGUUGCUGAUUUCCAUUGGUAUUUUUUAUAUUUUAUUUUAUUUUUGGUGACUAAAUGUUAAAAUUACUGCCAGUCAGAAGAAGCAUUUUGGCAGUAUUAUAAGAUAACUUUAUAGCUCAACUUACAGCGGAUAUCAAAAAUUUUGUUUAAUUGUAGAUGGUAAAAUCUUGAAGAAAAAAAAAGUGCAGUAGUUUUUAUCUGAGCGCUGUAUUUUUUUUUUGUUUUUUGUUUCCAAUUUGAUUUUGUUGCAUAGACUUGAGCAAAAAUACAAAAUAAAAUAGAAAUAAAUUACUUUGUAGGCUCCAAGCACUCAAAUCAACAAACAUCAUGCCUUUUUUCAUUAUUAUCUUAAAACACAAAAAACCGGCUAACUAGCUUUGUAGCUACUACUCGUACUCCUUCAGCAGAUGUGCUUUCUUGUAAGCGAUGGACAAUAAAAUGACCUUUCAGCCAGCUGACUGUCGGUGUGCAGCAGCAGGUGGGUCACUUCUGAACCUAACGACUUGUGCAGAAACUGUAAGGUGGGAAAAUGUUGUGCUUUUGAACUCGUAAGAGAGACUGAUGCCUUUGUUUGCACUCCAUAGCCGUACGUGUUUUCUGGAAUAGAAAGGUUUCCAGCCAAAUGUGUUUCUUUUUUCUUUUUUUUUUAAAUAAGUGGAAUAAGGAAAUCGCCUUCUUCUUCAGCGUGCAGCAACAGGUGGGGGAGGGAGGUUUUGCGUGAAUUGAAAACUUAUUAUUUUUUUAUCUGAACUCGGUCCAUGCCUACGUCGUGACAGCUGUAAGCCCCUCUCAGCUUUCUGUUGUUUAAAUUACCCUGUGGUUAAAAGAAGAAAAAAAAGGCCUUUUUAAAAUGUGUAUUUAAAACGAAAACGUGCAUUUCUGAACAUAACAGCAAUAUUGUACAGGUCAUUUCAUUGUCGUGGUUUUGUGCUCUCAUUCGCCUGAGCACUAGUUCACCAGCCAGCAAGUUCCUUAAAGCGUGCUAGUGCCGUAACGUCGUCACUGUGACCGAAUACUGAUUCGGUCCAUUAAAAAAAAAAAAAAAUUGAGCUUCCGGUCUUCCACCAGAUCAAAAAAAAAACAACAAGAAGACGUCUAGCUUGUGUGGAGACAUUCAAAGG